UUACGCCCCACCCAUGUGACCACAGCCAUCCCGGCCAAGCGGAUCACAUUCUACAAAAGCGGCGACAGCCAGUUUGGGGGCGUCAGGAUGGCCAUCCACAAGCGCAGCUUCAAAUGCUUUGACGCCCUGCUGGAUGACCUUUCCCAAAAGGUGCCUCUGCCAUUUGGCGUGCGGACUGUGACCACUCCUCGUGGCACCCAUGCCAUCAAACACCUGGAGCAGCUCCAGGAUGGCGGCUGCUACGUCUGCUCUGACCGGCGCCAUGCGAAGCCAGUCAACAUGGAGCUAGCCAGCAAACGCCCGAGCAUCUGGUACCAUCACAGUCGGAGGCCUCAGCGGCCCGAAUCCUCGUCCGCAACACCGCCAGGCCAUUUCUCUUCCAGGCAGCGGCGGAUACUGCUGGUUAAAAACAGCGAGCCAGGGAUGAGGAGGAGUGUGGUGCUAAGCAGGAGGUCAACCAGGAGUCUGAGGGCCUUUCUUGAUGAGGUGUCUGAAGUGAUGCAGUUUCACGUUCGCAAGCUCUACACUGCAGAGGGACGCAGGAUUGACAGUGUGCAAAGCCUGAUGACUUGUCCUGGCGUGUUGGUGUGUGUUGGCCGGGAAGCCUUCAGCCCAAUGCUAGUAAACUUUAUUAGGAAGAGCUCAGAAGAAAAACUACCUGGUCUCGGCCCCAGGACUCCUGGUAACGGGGCCCGAUCUCCUGCUACUCAAGGAGCAAGAUCCCCACCUCACGGAGCUCAGUCCAGAGCCAGCCAGUACAGUGAAGGGCAUGAAAGCAAGAAAAAUGUUAACUUUGGUCUGGAAACCAAAAAAAGCAUCAUCCACCCUCGUUCAGAUUCCUCAAACCGCUCCACCCGUUUCUCCUUGUCUUCAGAGAAGUCAUACGGCAAUGGUGUAAGCUCUUACUCUCAGAACAGACCAGCUAUUAUGAACGACGACAUUGAAAAGCGAGUCCUGGUCAAUAAAGAUGGCAGCCUCUCAGUGGAGAUGAGGGUGCGUUUUCGCCUACACAAUGACGAAACCCUCCAGUGGUCAACACAAGUUAAAAAAUCUCCAUCUCUCACCAAUGAAUGUUGCCAUCUAAGCCAUGCCCAGCCCCAUUAUCUGCAGCAGGGCCAAUCAGAGAGCUGCUCUGACCCUGACUCCACAUCCUUUGACCCAGAGGGUGUGGAUUAUUCCAACCAACCUCUGCAGCGUGUGUUGGAGGGGAACCACUGCCCCUGCUGCUACCAGAGACCAGAGCAGCAGUACGACUUGUGGGAAAACCCGGCACACAGUGUCAGAAAGCCUCCCAUCCCUCCUCCACAUACAUCCAGCCACACCCACGCUAUGGUUAGGCAUACACACUCUUCUAGCUCUUCCUCAUCAUGUAAUUCCAGGAGGGUGGUGCGCUGUCGAGCACGAGUCUCCAACUGCGGAGGAAAUUCAGCGCAGGGCCAACUGGUCCAGGAGGAGAUGUUUGUGUCAGAGCAGGUUGAGCGCAGAGUAGAGGUGGAGCAGGAUGGAGACACACAUGUAGAGGUGUGCACGGUGAACCGAUGCUGCAGCCGCAGUGAAGUGGUUGCCAUGGAGAGCAACUUACAACCACUUGGCAGGAAGUCGGUAGAGGAUGAGCUAAAGCUGGAGGAAGACGGUGAACGUCCACUGUCUGCAAUCAGCAGCUCCUCACAUAUCCUGCAAUCGCUGAAAGAGGAUCAGGAUGAUGACCUGCCACCCAGCGCCUCACACUGCUGUCAUAGCAACGAACCAUCCCCAUCCCCAACUUCACAGAGUCACCUGAGUGACAAACCAACAAGCAAUGUCUUGGCCGGUUCCGUUCACGCUACUGAGGAGCGUGAGGAGGAAGAAGAAAGAGGUAGCAGAGCAGUAUCUGCAGCCUCCUCCUGUCACUGUGGAGCAGCUACCCCACAUUCAAAAGCAGAAGCAGAGGAGACAGAUCGAGUUCCCAGCUCCAGGUCCAAAAUGAGCAGAGCGUCUUGCAGGUCCAACAAAGCUAAGACCCCAAACUCAGAGGAGGAGGGGGCUGCAGAUGACGAGGAUGAAGAGAUAAAGAGGGUUGUUAGUGGUUUGUCUGGUCACACAGGGCUUUCUCUGCAGUCAAGGGCAUCUAGUGUAUGUCCUCAUUGUGGCGGCUGCAGACGUGCGGUCAACUCUGAUGCCAAUAGCAGAGCAUCACAGAGGUCCCAUGAUUCUCAUCAAGCCUCUCCAAAGCCCGCCACACCUCUCUCCAGUCAAGAGAUUGCCAAUAACGACAGUGAGGAGAAUGACUCUGAAGAUUCAGCUGUGUCAACACAAUCCAACAAGACCAACCUCACCAACUACGGGCGCUGCUCUGUGAUAUCAAACGUACUGGAGGGCAGAGCAUCUAGUGUCAUGUCCAGAACAUCCAAUCCUGAAACAGAACAAAAAGAGGAAGAAAGGGCUCCUAGUGCAACUUCAGUCACAAGCCACAGGUCCGUUAGAUCACCCAAGUCUGGCUGUAAUGGCAGCACUUGUGUUGCAGCAGAAAAAGAGGAGGAGAGAAACCCCAGUGCCAUGUCAGCUCAGUCCAAUGUGUCUGCCAAGUCCAGUAAGUCUCACAAGUCCAACUGCAGCUGCACAGCUGACAUAAAGACAAGAGAGGAAGCAGAGGGAGAGAACUCUAUAGUGAGAGCACAUAGCUCAUUGUCAGCCAAAUCUGGUGCUUCAGCUAAGACCAGUGCUUCAGUCAAAAUAAGAACUAAGGUUGCCUCCCCAACUGAUGAUACAGCUGUGGAAGAGGAAGACACAAACAAAAGAACUCCCAGUUCCCUUUCUGUCAAGUCUGGCAAGACAGAAAGACCUGAUAGCGCCCAGUCUGCUAAAUCAGCCAAAUCAGCCAAAUCAGCCAAAUCAGAUGUGUCAGCAAAGUCCGCCACAUCUCACAGGUCCACUUGCAGUCAUUGUGCAAGAGCAGUAUCUCCAGCUGAUGAACCUGCAAUCGAAGCAACAGGACAGGAAGAAGGAGUGGAGGAAGAGGAAAGAGCAGCCAGUGCCGUGUCAGCCAGGUCCAAUCUCUCUGCCAAGUCAAAUAAAUCCCAUAAUGCCACCAAAGCUUCGGAAAGGUCACUUUCUCCCAGGUCAGGAACUCGAGGAGAUGGAAAAGAAAGGGCAGCGAGUCAAGUGUCUGGCAGAUCAGUCAAGUCAAACAUGUCUGUAAAGUCUUCAAAGUCAUGCAAGUCUAACAACAGUGGCAAUGAAAUUGCAGCAUCUCCAGGCUCUGAGGAAAAAGAAAAUGUGAAGGCAGAGGAGGAACUGCAGAGGCCAGAAAGUGUAAUAUCUGCUAAAUCAGCCACCUCCGCAAAGUCUCAAAGUUCAAGAGUGGUUUCUCCAGCCAAAGACACAGCAAAGACAGAGGUGGACACAGAGGACAGAACCCCCAGCGCCAUGUCAGGGAAAUCGCACGCCUCUGCAAAGUCCUCCAAGUCCCAGAAGUCAAACCACACUGCAGCAUCUCCAAAUCCAAAUGAAGGUGAUAUUCCUUCUAUUGAGACAAACGGAGAAGAGAAGCAAGAUGAAAAUCAAGAGCAGGUGUCUAGUGCCAUGUCUGUAAAGUCAAAAUCUUCAGUGAGGUCUGGUACUUCUCACAAGUCUAGUAAAAGUCUCAAACCGGUGUCACCAAGUCCAAAUGUUGUCACCAUUAAAACACCAGAAGGGGUCAACGAGGAAGAAAAUAACAUAGCAGAGAGAGUGCCGAGCGUUGCAUCGGCUAAAUCAGGGAAAUCUAAUGUUUCAACCAUAUCGCAUAAGUCCAAUCAUAAUGGAACAGCUGAUAUUGCUGUUAUUGAAACAGGAGAUGAAAAUGUUGUGGAAGACAAUGCAUCAAGGAGUAAAUCUCAUGGCCAAACGCUCUCACCCAGGAGGACAUGUUCCCCACGGACCCACUCACCCAAAUCUGCAACCUCCAGCAGCCCUCAAUCCCCUGUGCAACAGCUGUUGCCUGCAGAGACAAGAGGGCCCAGUGCCUUGUCAGUUCACUCUAAAACCUCUGCAAAAUCUGGAAAAUCCAAAUGUCGCUGUGGAGCAGCAUCGGCACUUGAAAAGGCAAAUAAGGAAAAGGAGGGGGAGAAAAAGGAAGAUGAGGAGCUGAAGAGUGAGGUGGCCUCUGAGCGGGCUACCAGCAUCCUGUCGUCCUCAACCAAAAGGCAGAGGAAAGAAUCAGGGGGCACAGAGCAACCUCUGAGUCGAAACUCAUCAGGGUCAGUCUCUCUUGGGUUGCCAGAAGACCAAGAAACAGCGGACUCAGACAGCGGCAAGUCCAGUUUUUCUUUUCACACAAACAAUGAGAGAAAGGGAGAGAAGAAGAGAGCAACAGAGCAGUCCACCAUGAAGGAAGAAAGGGAGGAAACGGUAUCUGUCAUGUCCCACAAGUCCAACAAUAAAAGCACUUUGUCUAACAAUCGUCCAGCAGUUGAGAUCCCUAUUAUUGAAACACCAGGAGGAAAUGAUGAUAAACAAAAUAGAGAGCAAAAAUCAGAAAGAGGAUCCACUGCAUUUUCAGCCAAAAGCAGCAGGUCUCACAAGUCCUGCUGUAAGUGUGGUGUCAAAGCAGCAGCUCAAAUGCUUGACAGUAAGCCUCCGAGUGCCAGCCCAACUAGGGCAGAAAAUGACCCUGAAACAGGAAGUGUCAAGUCUGCUUCAACAACAAAAGCUAGCAAUAUGGAUGUUCCAGACAACAGGGCGUCCUCUGCAAUGUCAGCAGCAAGUGCUAAAGUUCAGAGCAAAUCCCCUGAAAGUGCCAGCACUAAAAAUGCCACUGCAGCUGGAGAUUCAGGGGAUAAUGACACUGAAAAUCAGGCUGUCAGUAGACCAGCCAGUAAGGUGGAAGGGAAAGAAGAUAUCGCAUACAAGGUAACCAGUGUCCACUCCAAGAGUCCUUGUUGCCUCAAGCCUGAGUCGGCAGCUUCAACUCACUCAGGCUCAAAAAUAAAAGCCUCAAAAGGUGAGGAUUCAGUCAAAGAUCACAAGGCCAAAUCCAGUGGCAGUGUCAAAACAUCUGAUUCUCAAAAGAAAAAUGUCAAAUCCUCAAGCCCCUGUCCUUUACACAACUCCAGACCAGGCAGCAAAGUGGAGUCGUGUAGUGAGAGCUUUCUGUCUCACUCUCUGUCCGCUGCUGACAUGCUGAAGGAAACCAUGGCUGCUGCUCGGCCACACAGCCGACAUUCAAAGGCCAGUAAAACCAGUGAGAAGUCUGCAAGUAAAAAGUGUCAGAGGAGCAAGAACCAGAUGGAUCGGGAGGAACUGGAGCUGUCACCUGGCUGUCUGCCCAAUGCUUCCCCCAACGAGAUUGUCAGCGACUGGCUGCGGAGCAUUCCCCCUAACAGCAGUAUGCUCACACUUGGUGAUGAACUGAAUGAGCAGGAGGAGCAAGAGAAGGUGGUGGAAGAGAAACCUGGAAAGGAGGCAGCAAAGGAUGAGGAGAGUCCAGAGGAUGAGAAAGUAAGUGAGGAGGAGAAAGUUGAGGCUGAAGAGGAGGAGGAGAAAAAGGAAGAAGCUGAAUGUGAUGCAGGAGAGGUGGAGAGGAGUCCAGAUCUGGCUCUAGGUGACACAGCGGGGACUCGCUCCAACAACCUGCUGGUGAGCGGUGACUCUCUGCCCAGGAGCUUGAAUUGUUCAGCUGCAGUGAUGAAAGUUCUUCUGAGUUCCUCUCUGGGUCGAUGUCAGAGUAUGCCUGAGGUGUCUCCAGUUUAUGGUCGUAGACUGAGCAACUCAGCCUGGGGACUCUUGGACUGUUUAGCCCAGCUCCAGCUCAUUGAGCCUACAGUAAGUCCUGGCUGUGACCAACAGAAGGACCGCAACCAGCAGUAUGAGGACAUCAUGGCCAUCCUUCAGUCCCUCUGGCUCACUGAACCCAGGAACACUGAGGCCAAGGAGGACAAGGACGUCGGCAAAGAGCAGGUGACUCCACCGAGGUCCUCAUCCGGGGUGGGGAUGAGCAGUGGCUCUGGAGGAUCAGGGAAGGAGAAUGGAAAUCAAGGUGGAGAUGAAGCAAAGCAAAACAAAACAACCUCUGUACAUGAGGAUGAGGGAGUGGAGAAAGUUGGAGAAGAGGAGGAGAAGGAGGGAGAUGCAGAAGCAGAACUCAAGGAAACUGAGGGAGAAGCAGAGGAGACAAGCACAACAGAGGAACCAGUACAGAGUGAAGAUCAAAGUAUGGUCCCUCCAAGUCUGGAUAGUCCAAAAGCCACCGAGAAUCCCUCAUCAUCAGAAAAGAGCUCUGUUAAUGACAGCUCCAAAUCCCCGACUGAUAACGAAGGAGAGACAGUGGAGGACUCCAGCUCAGCCACGCCCCCGACUGUCCUGCGAGCACCCUUGUCAAAAAGACAAUCCCAAGACCCUGAUCCAGUGUGGGUCCUGCACCUUCUGAAGAAGCUGGAGAAACAGUUCAUGAACCACUACAUAACUGCCAUGGCGGAGUUCAAAGUUCGCUGGGACCUUGACGACAGCCUCAUCCUGGAUACAAUGAUCGGCGAGCUGAGGGACGAGGUGAGCCGACGCAUCCAGAGCAGCAUCGAGCGUGAGGUCAGGAAGAUUCAGGGUCGUGCCGGCAGAGGGGAGAGGACACCCCGGCCGCCGCAAAGAGGAAACCUCUCUAGGGACUCCACCAUGACAGAGAGGAGGCGUCGAAUAUUGAAGGUCAUGAAGAACCAGUCAGUAAAAACUGGUGAGGACCUAAGUGAUGGAGAGCUGACGGGUGAGUUCAGCGACCAGCGAAGCGAUGACGAGUACUGUCCCUGUGACGCUUGUGUUCGCAAGAAAAUGGCCGCCCGGCCUCUCAACGCCAACCCGCUGGCAGCGACAGCACCAGUGAUGAUGGAGUUUGACCUCCUUAAGAUACUGCAGCUGAAGAAAAGCCCAUUGCCUACAGCUAUGCCACUAGCUGCAGGGGUGGAAGAUGUUAGUGAGGCCACAGUAGAGGAGUCAAGAAAUUUAGAGGUUUUGCAGGAGGAAGAGGAGGAGGAGGACGAAACUAAAGAGGAUAUCAGAGCUGAUGUUUUAGAGGAGACUGUGCCAGAGGAAGAGGAAGAGGAGGAAACUAAGGAGGAUAUCAAAGCUGAAGUUGUUUUAGAGGAGACAAUACCAGAAGAAGAGGAAGAGGAAGAAACUAAAGAGGAUAUCAAAGCUGAAGUUGUUUUAGAGGAGACAAUCCCAGAGGAAGAUGAGGAAGUAGGGAAAGAAGAAGAUGGGGGUGAGGCAGGAGAAAAGGAGGGGGAAGAAGCUGAAAAUGAGGAAAGUAGUGCAGGUGGUGAGGAGCAGGAAGAGGAAGACACAGGUGGUGAGGAAGCUGGGGAAGAGGACACAUCUGAAAAUGGAGAGGAGGAGGAAGUGGAGGGAGAAUGUCAAUGCCACUGUGCCGGCAAUGAAGAGGAGAGCGACAAAGCAGAUGAGGGAGAGGAGGAAACAGCAGAAGGAGAGGAUGCUGAGGAAACAUGUGACAACACAGGUGAGGAUGAGACAGGAGAUGAUGAAGAGAAAGCAGGGGAGGAAGAGGGGGAGAACGCAGAGGAUGAAGAAGAGACAGGAACCAAUGAGGGCGAGACAGGAACCGGGGAAGAGGAGGAGGAGGAGGAGGAGGAGGAGGGUGACAAGGAGACAGUAAAAGAGGCAACAGCAGGUGAAGGAGAGACCACUGAAAAUGGCGAGGGUGAGGAGGAGGAGGCAGAGGCAUCUGGGGAAACGGAGAAUGACAGCCCUGCACAAAAUGAAGAAUCCACUCUGGUGGAGGACUUUGUGGAUGGAAACGUCAGCGCUUCGGCAGAGGCGGAAGAUGAAGAUGACGGGGAUGAUGCUGCUGAAGGGGAGUCACAUGAAGAUGAAAAGAAAGGAGAGAGUGAAGAGCAGGGAGGGGCAGCUUCAGAGGAGGAGAAAACCUCAUCACAGGGCCAGGGGGUGACUGUGACCGAGGGAGAAGAGGCCGAUGCCGAAGACUCCGACACCGACAGCAAACGUGCAAGCAACACCAGUGCGGAUGAAUCGGGACGCGAGGGGACUGCAGCCACAGGAGAAGAGGAGGAGAAAGAGGGCGGAGGAGAGGAAGAUGCUGUUGAAGAGUUCAAGCCUGAGGAAGAGGAGGAGGUGAACAAAAAGGAAGAUGGCGCUCUCCUCCAUCAGAUCACCAGGACCUCUGUGGAGUCCCAGCCCGGUUCCAUGGAGGACAUUGACACAGAUCCACCUCAUAACCCUGUGAACUCCAUAGAAGUGCCCAAAAUGGCUGCUGGUGGAUCCACCGGUGGCGGUACGGGCCAGAGAAGGAGCCGCUCGCCGGGCAGGGUCAAACGCCGCAAACCCAAAGAGAGCGACGUUGAACUGGAUGACUUUUAACUCACAUGGAAACCAGACUUAUGGUUACAGACGACUCCCAGUUAUGUAGGGUAAAAACUGCAAUGAAAAACAAAGACUUGAACACUUGAAGCACUUUAUCACCCCAGAUCCGGUGUAGAAUCUUGAAACUUGAAGCCACCACCAUAUCCUAUUUAAUUAUGUGAAUUAUAUUUGUAUAUUUUUUAACUUAACUGUAUGUACAAAGGUAUAUGUCUAUUUCUGUAUUUUAUGUGUAUGAAUAAGGCAUAUUUUUGAAAAAUUUUGACACCCAUGGGUGUGUUAUAUAAAGUCGGUUUUGUGUUCAGUGGACCACAGGUUUAAUAAUGUAUUGAAUCAUAUAGCCAUUAAGGGAGUCCAUUUCUGCCAUUGAUGAAGAAAAGAUCCUGUUAAGUCAUUACAAAAAUGAAUUUAUAUCCUUAUUAUCCUUUUUUCAGAACAUUUCUCAUUAUUUUAAGAUACUUACUCAUUAUUUUGGUUACAUUCCUCAGUGUUUUCGAGAUAAAGAGUCAUUAUUUUAAGGACGUUUCUCAUUAUUUUGAGACACUAACUCGUCAUUUUGAGGUGAAGUUUCUUAUUAAAAUGGAUUAACAGAAUUUUUUUCCAUCACUAUAGCAGAAACGGCGUCCAUGGCUAAUAUACCAAGUACCUCGACAAGUUAGACAUUAAAUGCCUGUUUCAGUCGUAUGUAUUUUUGACUUGUCCCAUUACAUCUGUAUACUCAGGGGUGUGGAAGGUCAUCGCCUAGCUAUUACUUAACUACCUGCUUUAAUCUAUAGUCUGUAAAGAAGCCUGCUGUUUAAACCUACUAAAGCUCUGUGGUGUAAUCUGAUUACCUUGGAGGAAUUGUUUCAUAUUUUGGGAUUGAUUCACUUUCUUGCAGAGAGUGAGAUGAGAGGAUCAAUACUACUCUCAUGUCUGUAUUCUAAAUAACAAGCUGCUGAGCACAGAAGCAGGGGGAACAGUUCGCUUGGCUCUGUCACAGUGUUAUACGAUACUUUUAAGUGACAUUUGGAUUACUUUCCACUCAGAAACAGACAGAAAAGACUGUAUUUUAAUAGCUUUAUUGUAAAAUGUUUGAGUUUUCUCUUGAUGUCUAAACUUGAGCAACUGUACCUCAUUUUAUGUAGUCCAAUUGAUGUUGUCAUUUACUCUACAUGCAUUUCUUUCCGCAGGAUCUCAGUCACAGACUUCCACGACGAAGCAUAUCCGAGGCAAACAUCUGAAUAUCAGGUUGACGUAAACCUUAGCUGCUCAAAUUUCAGUGAUACAUGCUGUAGACUCAGGUGGGGUUUUCCUAACCAGCCGUGUGGACCAACAAGCGUGAAGCGUGUUACUGAUGCCUUACUGUAUCCAUGGUUAUAAGAAGGUAGAUUGACAGAAACAGAUGGGAGAUCACGGUUAGGUGGCUGUCUUUUGUUUCCUGACAUCCUCUCUGUCUGUUAGUGGCUCUCCAGUUGAAUCGGGGAGCCUGUUAAGGAGGCUGGAAUGAAUCAGCUGCUAUUUAAAAUGCUGGAAAACAGACUCUUUAAGACCCCUAAGGAGUGUUUCCUCUUGUUUAACCCAAGCUGAGUGAGCUGAGCUUACUCCCUAACUGUAUUUUAGAGCAGGACAGUGUGAACGAGGGCAAAUGUGUUUCUUUUAUUGCUUAGUUUGACGAAAUCCUUCUGUUUGUGGUACCAAGAGGGUGUGUGUGUGUGUGCCUAUGCUGUUAUUGCUCUGUGUGGCUGUCCAUAACUCAGUGACAAGCAAACAUCAUGU